GGGAGCGUGGAGAAGAACAGCAUACUGCACUGCUCCAGCGCCUGCUAUCUGAGCUACUGUGUGUGUGUGUGUGUGUGUGUGUGUGUGUGUGUGAGAGUGCGUAUGUGUCAUUGUUUAUUGACCUCUUCACUCAUACGAUAUCUGCGUGGGAUAGAUCGGACCGCUCCCCGAAUCACCCCGCCUCGACCCUCUACUCUUGAGUGUCCUUACCUUACCCUCACCCAUACCCCUCCCUCCAUACGGCCCAACAAGGGAGCUGCGCGCCGGCCCCAUGAUGAAGGAGGAGGGCCUGCUGGGUCGCCGCCGUUUCUCCACGUGCGGCGGGACGGCAUCACUUCGACCACCGCACCCGGACGGACGCAAACUCAUCCGCAAUGCCUCCUUUGGGGGCUAUAACGAGCUGUCACCCAUCUCGCUGCCAGGCUUUGAGAGAGGGAAGGAGGACCUCUUGCCUCUGCCUUUGAAAGAGGACUCACAUUCCAUAUCUAAGAGCAAGUCUGAAACAAAGCUGUACAAUGGCUCAGACAAGGAUGUGUCGGCGUCUGGAGGAAAGCUCACCAAGAAGGAGUCCCUCAAGGUGCAGAAGAAAAACUACAGGGAAGAGAAGAAGAGGGCGACCAAGGAGCUGCUCAGCACCAUCACUGACCCCUCAGUCAUCGUCAUGGCUGACUGGUUGAAGAUCCGUGGCACUCUGAAGAGCUGGACCAAGCUGUGGUGUGUGCUGAAGCCGGGCGUCCUGCUCAUCUAUAAGACCCACAAAAAUGGCCAGUGGGUGGGGACGGUGCUGCUCAACGCCUGUGAGCUGAUCGAGAGGCCCUCCAAGAAGGACGGCUUCUGCUUCAAGCUCUUCCACCCGCUGGAACAGUCUAUCUGGGCCGUCAAGGGUCCUAAAGGGGAAGCAGUGGGCUCCAUCACGCAGCCAUUACCCAGCAGCCAUCUCAUCUUCCGUGCUGCCUCUGAGUCUGAUGGUCGAUGCUGGAUGGACGCCUUAGAGUUGGCCCUGAAGUGCUCCGGCCUGCUGAAGAGGACCAUGGUCCGCGAGGGAAAGGAGGACAUGAGCACUGUAGCUACUGGUGGAGAACACUCCAUUAACUUCUACAGCCUCCUCCGAGCCCACAACAUGCACGGUUUCCAGUUCAAUGACAGUGACCAUUUGAAAGACCCGGACCUGUACUCAGACAAGUCAGACCGGGAGGGAGAGCAGGACCACGAGGAGUCUGACCCAGAGGGCUUGGAGAAGAGCGAGGAGAGCGACAGCGACACAUCAGAGCGCCAAGACGACUCGUACAUUGACCUUGAUCCAAAUGAACAUCUGCGGGAAACCCCGUACCUGGAACAGUCCCACGAGGAGCUGGGAGAGGCUGGUGAGGCUGCCCAGACAGAGACGGUAUCAGAGGAGAACAAAUCUCUGAUCUGGACUUUGCUGAAGCAGGUCCGACCUGGCAUGGACCUGUCCAAGGUGGUGUUGCCCACCUUCAUCCUGGAGCAGAGGUCCUUCCUGGACAAACUCUCCGACUACUACUACCACGCAGAUUUCCUGUCAGAGGCUGCAAUCGAAGAGAACGCCUACGACCGCAUGAAGAAGGUGGUGAAGUGGUACAUUUCUGGAUUUUACAAAAAGCCGAAGGGGUUGAAGAAGCCUUACAACCCCAUCAUUGGGGAGACGUACCGCUGCAUGUGGCUCCACCAGAUGACCAACAGCAAGACGUUCUACAUCGCAGAACAGGUGUCCCAUCAUCCUCCAGUGUCUGCCUUCUAUGUCAGCAACAGGAAGGAUGGAUUCUGCCUCAGUGGCAGCAUCCUUGCCAAGUCCAAGUUUUAUGGAAACUCCCUUUCGGCCAUAUUAGACGGCGAGGCGAGGCUCACUUUCCUCAACCGAGGGGAGGACUAUGUGAUGAACAUGCCCUACGCCCACUGUAAAGGCAUCCUGUAUGGCACCAUGACGCUGGAGCUGGGUGGCCAGAUCACCGUUAUGUGCGAGAAAACGGGCUACAGCGCUCAGCUGGAGUUCAAACUGAAGCCAUUCCUGGGCAGCAGCGACAGUGUCAAUCAAAUCUCUGGAAAGAUCAAGCUGGGAAAGGAGGUGUUGGCCACACUAGAAGGACACUGGGACAGCGAGAUCUUCAUCAAUGACAAGAAGACAGGGACUGUAGACACUUUCUGGAACCCGACGACAGACCUGAGGCAGAGUCGACUGACCCGCUGCACCGUCCCACCCGAGGAGCAGGGAGAGUUUGAAUCAGAAAGACUGUGGCAGCACGUGACCCGGGCCAUCCACAACAAGGACCAGACUGAGGCCACCAACGAGAAGUUCUUUCUGGAGGAAGCUCAGAGGAAGUCGGCCCGCGAGCGGAAAGCCAAGUGCGAGGAGUGGAUCCCUGCCCUGUUUGAGCAGGACCCCAUCACCGGAGAGUGGCAUUACAGAUAUGCCGACACGAGGCCAUGGGAUCCGCUCAACGACCUGAUCCAGUUUGAGAAAGACGGAUGCAUCCAGACCAAGGUCCGACACCGCACGCCUAUGGUACGUUCUGGCAGUCUUAUUAGUCUGAGUAACCAGGGGCCUCGGAGGGACAAUUGCAAGUGCCAGGUAACGGUGCCAAAGAGGAAACACAAGAGUGACAAGCCCAAAAGCCCCGAGAGUGGCUGCUCUUCACCUGAACCCGACCGUCAGGACUCGUCUGGAAGCGAACGACACAAAAGCAAGCAUAACAGUCGGCUGAGGAAAAAAGGAGCCGACCUCAGUGAACUUCAAAGUGCCAUUGAAUCCAUAAAGCAGACGCAGGAGGACAUAAACAGGAGCAUCGGUGUGCUGCGGAGUCGUGCGGCAGGGCGGGUGGAGGGCAGCUCCUUCCUCCAGCAGCGCGACUACGUCAUCAUCGCUUUCCUCAUCCUGCUUCAGGUCCUGAUCAACUACGUCUUCAAGUAGCAGCCAUACCCCGCAGAGAGAGUGAUGCCCUUACACAAACACACACACACACACACACACACACACACACACACACACACACGAUCUCCCACUCUCUGAGCCUUAGGCGUCACGACGGGGUACGAAUGGAUGUAAACUUUGACCUUUCACAUUAAGUGACUCCAACUCUCUUCUUCUCCGUCUUUAUUAAAUCCAACUGCACACGUCCAGAAAAGAGAAGACUUCAAAACAAAAAAAAGAGACUUUUAAAAAACGUAUGAACUUAUUUAUUUUUAACCUGUCCAUUCCAGAACUCUUGAGAGAUCCACAGAUUUCAAAGCGGAGGGGAGCAGCGGGGAGUUGACGUUGUUGGUGUAAAAAAAGUCUCGACUGCCACUCUGAAGCGUAUUGAUUUGCCUUGAUUUAAGAGGCAAAGACAGCAGCCAUUUUUUUAGCUGUUCUUUGUGUUUUGUUUUGUUUUGUUUUGUUUUGGGUUUUUUUCUUCUUCCAAUGGAGUAAAACUACUCUGUUAAUUCACAUUUCACCUCAAAAGACAGGGAACCUUUCCACAUACCACAACUCAGAUGGUAACAAAGAUAUAACAAAAAAAAAACUUUAAUUUUAAUGUUUUAAUGUUGUUGCUGUUGUUUCAUUUCUUUGCUCGGCGUGUCCUUUGUGAACAGGGGUCUACAUGGAACAAAAAGCGUUGAUAAGGGAGAAAGAAACAACUGGUCCAAAUCAAUGUGACUUUUAUUUUUUUAUUAUCGCAUACUUUCAUAUCGGCUGGGGAGUUUUUAUCAUGUGGAAAUAGACGGGAAAGAUGAAUAACAGGUGGCAUUGUCAAAAGGAGCAGAGGCUAUACUUUCUGCUGUAUAAUAAAACUCAUCCUUUGCAUACGAAGUCAAUGUUUAAAAAAAAAUAAUGAAAAAAAGUCAGAUGUUUGACAACGUCAUUGUAUACUGUAGGUAGCAUGUACAGAUGGGAGCGUUGUUAGGAUAUUAUUAUUAUUAUUAGUACAGUAUUUUUUUAAGGCACAAAUGCACUGGAAAUGUUUGUAUUGUCAAUGCAUACAUGGUUUUUUAAAAAUCAGUUUAACAUUUCUGUGCUGAGGAGGUCUAGAGUAUCCACAGGAGGCCAAAGAAUGUGAUUUGUAUGAUUAUUUCUUUUUUCAGUAACCACUGCCCUAGUUUCAGGUAAAGGGAGUUGGGGAGUAGGAUAAUGUUUAGUGUUUGUAGUGAGAAGUUGGCUCAGGCGAGGCAAAACUUGGAUUCACCAAAUGUAAUCGAUCUAAUUCACUUACUUGUUUUCUUGACAGUUAGAUGAGAAACUCAAAACCCCCCUCAUGCAUGUGUCUUCAGGACAGUCACACAGACUGAGGACCGGACUGAUCCACCAACCAGCACCUCUAAAGCUCACUGAUUCACACUCAACACAUGACCUCAUUGGUUUACAGGUUACUGUAAAAAAAAAAUCCACCAAAAAAAACAGCAUAUACUGGUUUUACAGAAGGUUGUGUGUGGGGCUAUUGCUUGAUGACAGUGAAGGUAACCAAGUAGUUAGUGCGCCCUGCUAAAAAAUGAGUCCCGGAGAUGUUCAUCCCAAACAAUCAUUCAAACAAACACAACGUAACAAUCAACUUGGCGAGCUUGCGAGGUGCUGACGGUUGGAUUUGGUUACCACUGAGCAGACUCUGGCGCUUCGGCAUCAUAUUUACCUUACAGAGAGGAAUCAACCUUCCCAUCCAACCUACAGCAAGAGAGUGAGUAAGAGCAUUUCCCCCCCCAAAGUUACCUGUCCAAAAAGUGCCUGUCAGUGCAUGGAGUUUUUUUUUUUAUUUACCAAAAAAGAGCCUGAUGGGUGUAAUUGAUAAUAUUAACUAAGGUGGCCUGGUGGCUAAUUAGACAGAUUAGACGGAUAACUUCCAUGGGUCAUUAGAAAUGCAUUUUGCAAAUCUGAAGAAGGAAAAGAAAAAUGGUGCGUAGUCAGAACUGGCCAAAAGGUCGGUCUCCGCGUGUAAAACCAGACCCCAGACCGAGCCAUGUAACACUCCACCUAGCUGCCAUCGGCAGCAGCCGACAUGGUGACGCUCAGUGCAUCAAUCAUCACUUCCAGUGCUUUUGCGCCUCAAGAGUUUAACCAGGAAUCCUAGAGACAGACACUUUAUUAAGCUGCAUUGGAGAGCAUAGACUUUUCUACUGACUAGUACCUCCAUAGUUUACCAUUCCAAAUGUACUCAAAGCACCGGCCACACUCAGUGUGUAGAGUAGGAGUCGGCCCUGGCCACCGUGUAAAUUUCCGCCGGGACGACUCACGUUCCUCACGCAGCGGCGAGUGCCGCUUCAACACCGAGGUUCGCAAUACAGACACUCCUGCGCUCCGGGGCACACGCCAGUCUCUCCAACAACCUUGUGUGUCUUUCUGUCCACUGCUCUGUAGAUACACAUGGACGUAGGCAAAACAAAAGACAACCAAAUUCAUGGGGUACACCGUUGUGAUUCCUAUUGUCAAUGUAUUCAAAUGGCCUCAAGAUGUUUCUGCAAUUCAAGCAAUGGUCCCUUGCAGCUUUUGAAAACAAAAAUACCAAGUCUCAGAAGUAAACGGCUAACGGAAGACCUGGGAAAAUCCAAAUUUACUAUCUGUGUUGAGCAUUGACACCCGGAUAAUGCAAAAUUACCCCGGCAAUCUUGUUGCUAUAUUUUUGUUUGAAAAUCAAACAAAAGAAGGCAUGAUAAUGAACUCUGAUGCCUGACCUUUUGACCACAUAGUCUGUUAGGAUUUUCCUAAAAGUUGCAAGUAAGUAACUGCUUGUUGAGGCCAUGCGAAAAGAUCAAACCCAACUUACGGACCAUAUCGGAAAAUAUGAUUUUGUAUAUCUCUACAUCGCCUGUCAUGAUGUUAGCCUUGUAAACGUUUACACAUCCGAUUGCCUCCGCCGUCAGCUGACUGUUAAGCGGUUAAAAAAAACCUUGUAACGCUAACACAGGUAUGAAGAAAAACACUGGUAGCAUCCUCGGGAGCCAGCUGUACCCCCGUAAUUUACCCGGCUGGCCCGUGUGUAUCUGUACGUGUAUUUUUGUGUAUCCUCAUUGCCUCAACUGCUCAUCUUAAAUAGAGAAUCCAGAAUAUUAGAAUGUGGAGAAAUAAGUAUAUACCAGUGCCUUCUAGAGUCAGACUGGGGAGGGGGUUUAGUAGAGGUGAGAGGAGGGAUGGGGGGGUGGGGAGGGGUAGGAGGUGGUCUGGUGUGGAGCACGCAGACGUCGCCAGAGUCCGAAGUCUUCGGGCGAAUGAAUACAGGAGGGAGUGGUGUCCCCCAGGGCCGUGGACCGGGACCCUCGGACUCUGGCUGCAGCUGUGGUCGCCGGAGGACUUUAGUGCGGACGUGCCAUAUGAAGCCUUAGGAGUGAGUCUGACUCCGGCUCCACACUUUGCCACCCCGCCCAGCUCCCGCUUCCUCUCCUGAAGCGUCGCUAUAGUAACGCACCUGUAGGCUUCCGGAUGCUGAUUCCUGCCACAGGAGAGGGAGGGAGGGAGAGAGGGACCCUCUCCUCUCCUCUCCUCUCCAUUGUUGUCCUAGUCUCUCUUUCUCUCUAUCUCUCUCUUAAACACACACACACACACACACACACCAAAUUCAGAGGGAAAUAAACAUCUCCACUGUCCUUUUGUUGUGUCUGUUAAAUAAUGCUUUUUAUUUAUUACUCUUUUAUAUGUGGGUCUAUGUUUCAUUUGCUCUACGUCUAGCAUUUGAUCGCCGUCCUCUGUCCUCGUUUAAGGUCUUUCAGAAAUGAUUUUGAAAAAUCACAUAACAGUUGAUUUUGUUCCACAUCUCGCUACUUGACGUCACACACAAGUAACUGCCCUCAACUUGUGCUCCGUUGUCAGCAGAUAACUGCCCCCCACCAUCUCCACCACACACACGGACACACCCCCUUUUUCCUAUCUUAGUACCUGAAAAAAAUGACUGUAUAUCCAUGGCAACUAUAACUUCUUAGAAGUUUAUGGUCACAUGUAACAUAACGGAAUAAAAACAAGUGACAUCCUGGGGGUCUUCUGUCUCUGUUUGAUGUAACACACAUCAUUGUUUAAAGAGACUGUAGAUGGAAUUCAUUAUUCAUCUUGUAUUUGUUGAUUUUCAGGCCAAGACUCAGCUGGAGUGACAAAAAGAAUUUAAAAAACACCACAAAGACCUCGGGGUGGAAAAUAAAUCAAUAGCAAUAACAUCCGUAAAAUAAAACAGAUUGAAACAGUCCCGAUACAGUAUGUGGAAUUAAAUCAGUGUGUACGAUAGAGAAAGAGAAUGGGUUUAGGAUUUUAUAGAUUUAAGGUCUGAGUUAAUUUAGUUUGCUUGGUAUUGUUUAUGUGGUUGUCAUUUCAUUGUCAAAUAAACUAUUUUAUCUUUUUGUUCA